GUUCACCGCCCGGUACCAGCCAAUCGCAGGAGGGCCGACUCCGGACAGUCAUUCACACAUGCUUGACUCUUCGCGCCCCACAAACGACGUAAAGGUAGACUGAGCGCAGCAGAUAAAAGUGUAUCCUCCAGCAGUUUUGUCUCUCGAUUGCACACUCAAGAGUUCUUCCGAAGCAUAGAUUUAGAGGCGUCAUGUCUUUCUACAUCGAGAACAAGUCAGUUGGUGAUGCCGCCAACUCAGAAGACUGGCGCAUUCGCGGCUACAACCCCCUCACCCCCCCCGAUCUUCUCCAGAGCGAGAUCCCCCAGUCGCAAAAGUCGAGAGAAACGGUCCUGAAGGGCCGCAACGAGACAGUCGAGGUCGUCCAAGGCCGUGACAAGAACGGCAGACUUCUCGUUGUCAUCGGGCCCUGCUCGAUUCACGACCCCAAAGCCGCUCUCGACUACUGCGAUCGCCUCCUCAAGCUGAAGGAGAAGUACCAGGAUGACCUCCUCAUCGUCAUGCGCUCCUACCUGGAGAAGCCCCGCACAACAGUCGGAUGGAAGGGUCUGAUCAACGACCCAGACAUCGACAACACCUUCAAGAUCAACAAGGGUCUGCGUGUCUCAAGACAGCUCUUCGUUGACUUGACUGAGAAGGGCAUGCCCCUCGCCAGUGAGAUGCUGGAUACCAUCUCUCCACAGUUCUUGGCCGAUCUGCUCAGUGUUGGUGCAAUUGGCGCCAGGACGACCGAGUCUCAGCUCCACCGUGAGCUUGCCUCCGGUCUGUCCUUCCCCGUGGGCUUCAAGAAUGGUACCGACGGUACUCUUGAUGUUGCUGUCGACGCCAUUGGCUCCGUCAAGCACCCUCACCACUUCCUCUCCGUCACCAAGCCCGGUGUUGUCGCCAUUGUCGGUACCGUAGGCAACGAUGACUGCUUCGUCAUCCUGCGCGGCGGAAAGAAGGGCACAAACUACGACGAGAAGAGCAUCAAGGAGUCGCGCGAGGCUCUCGAGAAGAAGGGCCUCAACGCGCGGUUGAUGAUCGACUGCAGCCACGGCAACUCCGAGAAGAACCACAAGAACCAGCCCAAGGUCGCGCACGUUCUGGCCGAGCAGAUUGCUGCUGGUGAGACAGGCAUCAUGGGCGUCAUGAUUGAGAGCAACAUCAACGAGGGCAACCAGAAGGUACCCAAGGAGGGCAAGGAGGGUCUGCAGUACGGUGUUUCGAUCACAGACGCUUGCAUCAACUGGGAAGACACCGAGAAGGUGCUCGAGGAGUUGGCUACCGCCGUUGCAAAGAGGAGAUCGGUUCGCAACGGCGCGUAAAGCUUUCUUUCUUCUGUCACGACUAUUCUUGCUCGAAGCGCGGCAUUUGGCGGGUCGGCGUUACCGGUGCUCGAGUACCCCACUGAUGAUCAUAUACCACAUGUGCGAUCAUGCACAAAUUCAAAAGUUUCACUCGCAAGUGCAGCCUCGACGGACUCGAAACACUGUGUGACGAGACUUUUUUUGCUGCAUCGCUCAUGCUCAGAUCGCAGAACGUACAUCCGCAUGGGCGUCCAUCUUUAUCUCCAGCCCCAUGCAGAAUGCAG